AUGACUUCAUAUUCAAGCAGAACUCAAGAAGUCCACGUUUUGCUAGUUGAACGCGAUACUAAUCAUCUUAGUUCAACAAUGCAACUGUUGGAAUUCUUUUCAUAUAAAGCGGAAUGCGUUGAUCAUGCCUCUGCUGCUUUAUCAAUGUUAUCAAAUGGGAAGGCUCAAUUUGAAAUUGUGAUGGCAACUAUCAAUUCACCUGACACAAGCACCUUCAAGCUUCUCCAAGAAGCAGUUAAAAUGGACUUGCUAGUGAUUUUGAUGUAUGAUUAUGAUGAUGAUAUGAUGGCAAGAAGUGCUCUGGAACAAGGGGCCUUUCUUUUUCUCCCAAAACCAAUUAAAAUGGAGUAUGUAAAAUAUCUUUGGCAACACGUGUGGAGGGAGAAGACAUGGAAAAUUAAAGAAAAAGAACAAAUUGGAGAGGUACCGGUAUUCAACAGAAUGAGUAACGGGUUUGGGGUAGAAGAUCAAAUCCCACUGGAAAAUAUUAUGAGUGAUGACGAUGACGUUGCUGAAAAUGGAAGUAAAUCAAGAAAAAAAGUUAGAAAAAUUUGGACGGAGUGGACUCAAGAACUCCAUGACAAAUUUGUGGACGCUAUCAUUGAACUUGGUGAAGGAAGAUGUUACCCAAAGGAGAUCCUAGAGCUCAUGAAUGUACCUGGUCUUACAAGAUUGCAGGUUGCCAGCCAUCUCCAGAAAUGUCGUAAAGGGAAUUGGAGACCAAGCAAAGAGAGAAAACGUCGCAAUAGUAAUAUUGAGGCUUCACCGGAGAUCAAGGCUACCAACACGGAAAGAAAGAACUUUGGGUCCAUGCCUGUUUUAACCAAACAUUUUGAGCAGCACAAUCUCCAAACCAACGAAAACAGUGAAAAAAUUCAAGAUCCACAAAUCUAUAGUCCGACAAAUAAUAAUGUCUUUGAUUAUCAUCCUCAGGUCGAAUCACAGAAAAAUUUAAGUGGAUUCACAUUUUCCCAAGACAAUGUCGAAGCACCCUACAUGGAACAGGAUGGAGUUAAUUUACUGACAGUGCCUGGUGCAUUCAUGCCUAAUGAGCCAUUUAUGUUUGAUUUCAAUAGUGUCACCUGUGGAGACCUGCAUGCAUUUGAUAUUGAUCGACCUAAUGAGCCAGGUUAG